GUUUACUGUUGUGUAACAGUAGUUUGUGUACUCUCUGUAGCAGGAUCGUUGUGAUUGCGGUUGUAUUCAAAAUCCAUGAAUGGGUUUUACACCAGAAUGAAAAAUGUUUCGAAGGGUCGUGGUGGGUGUUUCCGGCGGUGUCGAUAGUGCCGUUACGGCGUAUUUGCUGAAGCGGAAAGGUUUCGACGUUCGCGCCGCCUUCAUGAAAAACUGGGACCUCAUCGACGAGAACGGGUACUGUUCCGGCGAACAGGACUGGCUAGACGCGCAGAAGCUGUGCCGCCAGCUGGACAUUCCCCUGGAGCAGGUCAACUUUGUCAAGGACUACUGGCUGGAGGUGUUUGGGAGCUUCCUGAAAGACUACAGCGCCGGGAUAACGCCAAACCCGGACAUACUGUGCAACCGACACAUCAAGUUCAAUCUGUUUUACAAGCACGCUCGCGAACGGAUGGGCGCGGACGCGAUCGCCACGGGUCACUAUUGCCGAAGCAGCUUUGGGCCGUUUUUGGAGAAUUACACCGAGCAGGACAGAGUACGACUGCUGACCGGCGUGGACGAGAUCAAAGACCAGACGUUCUUUUUGUCCCAGAUUGGGACGGAAGCGCUGCGUCGCACCAUGUUCCCGAUCGGUGGGAUGAUGAAGCGCGAGGUUAAGGCGUUGGCUGCGGAGGUUGGGCUGGAAGCGUUUGCGAAGAAGAAGGAGAGUAUGGGCAUUUGCUUUGUGGGGAAGCGGAGCUUCCAGGACUUUAUCGGCGAGUACAUCGAGAGUAAACCGGGUGGGUUUGUGGACUUUGAGACGGGACGGGUCGUGGGCGAGCACAAGGGACUGCACCACUGGACGGUUGGCCAGAAGGCCAAGAUUGGAGGGUGCUUGAAGCCGUAUUUUGUGUUUCGGAAGGAUGUUGAAAGGAAUGUUAUCUAUCUGGUGGCUGGAACGGAUCAUCCGCUGCUGCGGACGGACAUGGUCUUCGCCGAGGAUCCUGUUUGGUUGAAUCGGCCGGACGAUUGGGUGCGGGGAGGGGUUUUGAGGUGCCAGUUUAGAUUUCAGCACACGAAGCCGUUGGUGGGCUGUAGCGUUAUUGAAACGGACGGCCACAAAGUUUUUGUAAAGUUGGAUGAACCCUUGAGGGCGAUCACCCCCGGCCAGUAUGCUGUUUUCUAUCGAAAUGAAGAGUGCUUUGGAAGUGCAAGAAUUACGAAACCUGGUCCGUCCAUGGUUUACAGCGAUCGGUAGCAUUUGAAAUAAAGUCAAACUUAAA